AUCAUUGGAAGAGCUGAAUGCAAACUUCAACAAGCUGACCAAACUCCCAGACACAAUAGGCUUCGAGCUUAACAACCUAAGGAAGCUCUCGGUCAACUCCAACAAGCUCGUCUUCCUCCCCCACUCCCUCACCCACCUGACCUCCCUCCGCGCCCUCGACGCCCGCCUCAACUGCCUCCGGUCACUCCCCGACGACCUCGAAAACCUCAUCAACCUCGAGGUCCUCAACGUCAGCCAGAACUUCCAGUACCUCGAAACCCUACCUUAUUCCAUCGGCCUCCUCCUCUCCCUCGUCGAGCUCGACGUCAGCUACAACAAGAUCGCCGCCCUCCCCGACUCUGUCGGCUGCCUACGAAAGCUCAAGAAGCUCUGCGUCGACGGCAACCCCCUCGUGUCCCCUCCCAUGGAGGUUUUCGAGCAGGGCUUGCAUGCAGUUAAGGAAUACAUGAGCGAGAAAAUGAAUAACGGCGGGGUCCACAAGAGUAGUACCCCUAAGAAGACAUGGUUUGGAAAAUUGGUUAAGUAUAAAACUUUCAACGGACACUCAAGAAGCCCUAGCCAUGUGACUAGAGAUCAUGAGGGAGGGCUCACCAUGCCAGAAUAUCGCACCAUUAAUGAGGGCCUUGCUUCUCCUAGGUAUAUGGGAAUGUUCUCUCCCCGUCGCCUUUUCUCAUCACCUCGUAGUUUUUUCAGUAGAUGA